AUGAUCGAUCUGAUCCCUUCAGUUGAUAGCCUUGCCGUUCUUGCCGUCCUGUAUGUUUUCUUUGUUGUCAUUACUGUCAGGCGAUUCAUUGGGAACAGACAACAUAAACCUCUUCUUCCUCCUGGUCCAGUGCCGCUUCCAAUCUUGGGGAAUGUUUUAUCUAUUGACACAAAGCAACCUUGGUUAACCUAUACUGAAUGGCAUGCUACCUAUGGAGACUUGUUUUUCGUGCGAAUCCUAGACCAAAAAGUGGUUGUGAUCAAUUCUCAGCGUGUUGCACGAGCCUUGUUGCACAACCGUUCCCGAAUCUACUCCGAUCGACCCUAUUUAGCCACAGUUGAACCAUUUGGCUGGAUGUUCAACUUUUUAUUCGCAGGUUAUAAUGAUGCAUGGCGUCUUAGUCGACGACUCUUCCACCAAACCUUCCAUGCCGAAUCUGCACUCAAGUUCCGCCCAAUGCAGAUCAGGCGGGCUCAUGAGAUGAUCGUCAACCUAAUUUCUGAUUCUCGACAUUAUGAUUCUCACUUUGCAACAUUCUCGUCCUCUGUUGUGAUAUCAGCUGUAUAUGGCUACGAGUCCAGUGCUCAAGAUGAUCCUUUGGUUGGACUCUUCGCACAUUCAAUGCAACUUGGCAUUCCCUGGUUGACUCCAGAGAGGGCAAUCAUGAUCAAAACUUUCCCCUUCUUACUGAAGUUGCCUGACUGGUGCCCAGGAUCCUCGAUCAAAUGUGAUGCUCGGAUUUCGACCAACAGCAUCAAUGAAAUGGUGGAUGUGCCGUUUCAAUAUGUGCAGCGUCGUAUGGCUGACAACUCACUCCUGGACACACCUUCAAUGGUGGCCGAAAAUUUGCAAAGGGUAGAGAAGCAAGACAAGGCGUUCAAAUCAAUGUUUGAGACCGCCUUGAAAAACACAGCUGCCACUGCUGUUGGAGGUGGAUAUGAGACUACCACCGGGAUGUUGAUGGUCUUUGUUCUUGCAAUGGUGCUAUAUCCAGAUGUCCAGAAACGCGCACAAGCGGAGAUCGACUCGGUCAUUGGAAGAGAUCGUUUGCCUGCGUUUGAGGACAAGAAAUCACUACCCUAUGUCGAUGCAGUUGUGCGGGAGACUUACCAGUGGAUGCCCAUUGCACCACUUGACUACCCGAUAGGAAUCCCACAUGCUACCUCGAGUGAAGAUACAUAUGAUGGUUACUACAUCCCAAAAGAUGAUCAAUGGGCUAAAUGCCGUACAUCAGGAGCGAUCGUCAUGUGCAACUUAUGGGCCAUUUCACACGAUGAAAAGCGGUAUCCCGAUGCAUGUCAUUUUAUUCCAGAGAGAUUCAUCGACAUUAACGGCGCGCUGACGGACGAUGACCCUGUGCAAUAUAUUUUUGGCUUAGGCCGACGUAUAUGCCCAGGCAGAUACAUUGCUGACGCCUCUAUGUGGUCUGCCAUUGUGACAAUGUUGUCCACGGUAGAUAUUUCUUCCGCCAAAGAUGAUCAGGGCAAAGCAGUCGAUUUCACCCCCAAGUUCGCAACGGGAAUCACUUAG